AUGGUUGAAUCAUCAGCAUACUCGCAGAGCCAAAGACACCCGCACUUGACACGAAAUUUCCGUGUGGAUGAACCCGUACGCACACAUACAGUAUUCAGCUACAAUCAACGCACUCGAAGUCAAGGCUGCUACCAUGGAUACCAAAUCAACAAAGGGAAGACGCAAGACACUCUGAAGGGCUCCCAUUGUGAACAGUCUAUGACGGGUGCCCGAAUCGAAGCGUACGAAGACGCCGUCACCACGAAAGCCUGGCACGAUGAGUGGGAGGUAGAGCCAGAUGAUUUUGGAACACCUGAACCACUGCUCGUCCUCAACCGACGUGCAAAUAUCGACUUGAAGAAUCACGCACGGCAGACGAAGUCGACAUAUCUAUGUCACUGGGAUCAAGGCCAUGAGCCGCGUGGUGUACUUGCUCAGCGCUUGGCAGAAGCAAACCAAUCUAUGGAAAAGGAACAAGCUGGCGUAUGCAUUGGCAAUGAGCAAGAUUUGCAACACAUGAGAGUGAAGCGCGCUGUGCGGAAUGCGGACGUCAUCGACUUGACAGGGGACGAUACCGUGGAAGAAAGCAAAUCCAGGGAUUGUGUCGGUAUCGAGAAUGUAGAGAACUACCCCCCAGGAACUAUGGCGCAACCAUGGGAAAUCUAG